AACAGAACAACCAAACAGGGGGUACUAUAAAUAUAAGCUCCACUUCGUAGGAAAGUAACUCUGUUCAGAAUGGCUUUCUCUAUUUACAUCGUCUAUGUCAUUGCAUUGGCAGGUCUUGUAGACCUCACCUAUGCUGAUGUUGAAGUUCAAAUUAAAUGCCAGAAAACCGGAAACCUGAUCGGUGCUGAUAGCUUUAACACUGAAGAAUACGGUACCACGAAAUUGUACGCAAAAAAAACUGUAGCUCAUAAUAAAUGGAUAUUUACCGAAGAAGCUCAAUUCAGGAACAAAAAACUAUAUACAGCCGAACUGAAAGAUAACUCUAAAUUGCUUUUAACUCAUUCAAAAAAUUGUAAUGGAGACACUGAUGCAGUAUUAUUUAAACGACCGGCACAGGUAAGCCAAAUCAACUAUUUUAACAUCAAUUUGGACUCAACCGCCCCACAGCAAAUUUAUUCGUUUUAUAAACAAUGUGACAAACAAUGUCUUUACGUUGACGGAGAGGAACUCAAAUCUGGCAGUUGCGAUGCUCAUUCAGAUAGUAAUCAAUUUGUAAUAACUAAGUUAAAAUAAAACAAAUAAGAUGAAAUAACUUUUUAAUUUUUGGAAUGUAGUAAUAUUAAAGGUCAUAAAAAAGUU